CUGGCCAAUGGCACCCCUUCACCAGAGCCUGGGCUGCCCUCCCUCUCUAGCUGCAGUAUAAAAGCUGUGCUCAGAUCCGGUUCUGUCCUUUUGCCCCUUCAAAUUUAGGAUUUCUUUGUAGCUGCUGGGAACAGCCGGUGAACCGAAAUGGGAAAAGAGAAGACCCACAUUAACAUCGUGGUCAUCGGCCACGUCGACUCCGGCAAGUCCACCACCACCGGUCACCUGAUCUACAAGUGCGGUGGCAUCGACAAGAGAACCAUCGAGAAGUUUGAGAAGGAAGCCGCCGAGAUGGGCAAGGGCUCCUUCAAGUACGCCUGGGUGUUGGACAAACUGAAGGCCGAGCGUGAGCGUGGUAUCACCAUCGACAUCGCUCUGUGGAAGUUUGAGACCAGCAAGUACUACGUGACCAUCAUUGAUGCUCCUGGACACAGGGAUUUCAUCAAGAACAUGAUCACUGGUACCUCCCAGGCUGACUGCGCCGUGCUGAUUGUUGCUGCUGGUGUUGGUGAGUUCGAGGCUGGUAUCUCCAAGAACGGCCAGACCCGCGAGCACGCCCUGCUGGCCUACACGCUGGGCGUGAAGCAGCUCAUCGUCGGUGUGAACAAGAUGGACUCCACCGAACCGCCUUACAGCCAGAAACGCUACGAGGAGAUCACCAAGGAGGUGAGCGCCUACAUCAAGAAGAUCGGCUACAACCCCGCCACCGUGGCCUUCGUCCCCAUCUCCGGUUGGCAUGGAGACAACAUGCUGGAGGCCAGUGACAAGAUGGGCUGGUUUAAGGGGUGGAAGAUUGAGCGCAAGGAGGGCGGAGCUACGGGCGUGACCCUGCUGGAGGCCCUGGACUCCAUCAUGCCGCCCAGCCGUCCCACUGACAAGCCCCUCCGUCUCCCUCUGCAGGACGUCUACAAGAUCGGCGGCAUCGGAACCGUUCCCGUCGGCCGCGUGGAGACCGGCAUCCUGAAACCCGGUAUGGUCGUCACCUUUGCCCCGCCCAACCUGACCACUGAGGUCAAGUCUGUGGAGAUGCACCACGAGUCUCUGCCUGAGGCUCUGCCCGGCGACAACGUUGGCUUCAACGUGAAGAACGUCUCCGUGAAGGAGGUCCGGCGUGGGAACGUGGCCGGAGACAGCAAGAACGACCCCCCACUGGCCGCCGAGAACUUCAGCGCCCAGGUCAUCAUCCUGAACCACCCGGGUCAGAUCGCUCAGGGUUACGCCCCCGUGCUCGACUGCCACACCGCUCACAUCGCCUGCAAAUUCAGUGAGCUCAAGGAGAAGAUUGACCGUCGUUCCGGUAAGAAGCUGGAGGAUAAUCCCAAAGCUCUGAAGUCUGGAGAUGCUGCCAUCGUCACCAUGGUGCCUGGAAAACCCAUGUGUGUGGAGAGCUUCUCCCAGUAUCCUCCGCUGGGUCGUUUUGCCGUCCGCGACAUGAGGCAGACGGUGGCCGUCGGCGUGAUCAAAUCCGUGGAGAAGAAGGCGCCUUCCGGAGGGAAAGUCACAAAAUCUGCACAGAAGGCCGAGAAGAAGAAAUGAAGGAUCGUGCGGGAGGUCCCGCAGCAGGUCCCGUCUCCUCCUGUCCACCCAGCGCCGUCUUCCCGGAGACACAGCUCUCCUCUCAAGGACUGGCUCACGCUGAUUAAAGCUCAUCGCAAAAGCUUCCGCAGGAAAGGAACCUGGUUUUCCUGCUUCAGCGGGAAGCGCUGGUGUUCAGUAAUCAAAUAAACAUCCCAAACACGUUC